CCAGAAGACUACGGGGAGGGCAACUUGUGUUUCCGAUCGCCUAGGCCAGGGGUGUCAAACUGGCGGCCCUCCAGCUGUUGCAAAACUUCAAGUCCCAUCAUGCCUCUACCUUUGGGAUUCAUGCUUGUAACGGUCAGCUUUGCAAUGCCUCAUGAAUCUUGUAGUUUGGCAACAGCUGGAGGGCCACCAGUUUGACACCUCUGUUGCCAAACUACAAAUCCCAUGAGGCACUGCAAGAUUGACCGUUACAAGCAUGACUCCCAAAGGCAGAGGCAUGAUGGGACUUGUAGUUUCGCAACAACUGGAGGGCUGCCAGUUUGACACCCCAGGUCUACGGCCAGCUUUAGGCCCCU